AUGGCACAUGGGCACACAAACCAUCCCAUCAACCUCAAACACUUCACAGCCUGCCGGACCACUCCUUUGCUGCAACUAUGAUGUCCUCUCUGCUGUAAAGAAAUUCUCUUCAACUGUUUUUUUAUUUAUUUAUUUUUUGUUUGUUUUUUUCCGGCUCAGGCAACAGAACUCCUAAAUGGCUGAAGAGGUUUUAGUUUCAUCGACAGGAAAAGUCCCAUCGCACCUGACUGGCUCUCUGUUAGCCGUGGCAUUCCUCACCUCUUUUGGGAGUUCUAUGCUGUACGGCUACAACCUCGCUGUGGUCAACUCUCCUGCUGGAUACAUAAAGGACUUCUACAACAAGACGGUGGUGAGUCGAAAUGGAACUGGACUCAGUGGGGAGACUUUGACCCUCAUGUACUCUCUGACCGUUUCUGUCUUUGCAAUUGGAGGGCUGCUGGGUUCUCUGGUUGUGGGCAUGCUGGUCACUCGUUUUGGCAGGAAGGGCACAGUGGUAAACACAUCUGUCCUGGUGUUUGUCGCUGGCUCACUCAUGGGGUUCAGUAGGAUUUGUGGCUCUCCUGAGAUGGUUAUCUUGGGUCGCUUCAUUACAGGAAUUCACUCAGGUAUCUCUUUAAGUGUGGUACCGAUGUACCUCGGUGAAAUAGCACCAAAAAACCUGAGAGGAUUCCUGGGUUUAGUUCCGAGUAUCUUUAUUGGCACAGGAGUCUUUACUGCUCAGAUCCUCGGUCUCCAAGAGCUCCUGGGAAAGGAGGAAUACUGGCCUAUAUUUCUCUCAGUGGUGGUGGUACCUACUUUCAUCCAGUUGCUGUUUUUGCCAUGGUUUCCAGAGAGCCCCAGGUACUUGCUGAUUGAGAAGAAUAACGUCCACGCCACAAUCACAGCCCUGAAGCAGUACAGAGCCAAGUGUAACAUCCAGGCCGAAAUAGAGGAGAUGCAGGAGGAGCAACGCUCCCUGUGUUCCGUAGAAACACUGUCAGUGUGGAACCUGCUGCUGGAUGAUACAGUCCGCUGGCAGGUGCUGAGCGUCGUGGUCAUCAACAUUGGCAUGCAGCUGUCUGGUAUUGAUGCUAUCUGGUUUUAUACAAAUGACAUAUUUGAGAAUGCGGGCAUCCCAGCUCCAGAGAUCCAGUACACCACAGCUGGAACAGGAGUUAUAGAGAUCAUUGCUGGACUAAUUGGGUGUUUCACCAUAGAGAAGCUUGGCAGGAGGCAUCUCAUGAUUGGGGGGUUUACAAUGAUGGGCAUCUGCAGCGCCGGAAUCACAUUAGCACUAAUUUUACAGACGCAGUUAGUAUUCAUGCGUUAUGUCAGUGUUUGCUGUGUGGUGGGCAUCAUUGCUGGCUUCUGUAUUGGUCCAGCGGGUGUUCCGUUCCUGAUUACAGCAGAACUGUUCAAACAGUCCCAUCGUCCAGCUGCUUAUAUCAUAGGAGGCUCACUCAACUGGCUGUCUAACUUUACUGUGGGCUUCGUGUUCCCCUUCUUACAGAUGUCUGCUGGAUCGUACUGCUACUUGGUCUUUGCCACGGUUUGUUUUUCCGUGGCCAUCUACGUCCAUUUUGUGAUCCCAGAGACCAAGAACAAAACAUUCAUGGAGAUCAGCCGGCUGUUCUCCAAAAAGGAGGCAGUUCUGGAGACCCAGGGUCUGAUCCACACGGACCAGCUGAAGCUGAAGAAGAUGAAUGGCUACGGAGGUUUGGAACAUGCUUCACUGGAGUUUGACAGCUCCACUUCUGUGCCUUAACUGGGAUUUUAAGAGAAUUACGUAUGUACACCAAAGAACACCUCAUCCAUACUAGUGGCUUCUAGCUGGGUGAAGCUGGACGUUCCACUUCAAUAAUCAGGUUCAAAAGAUGACUUACUAAGUAGUGAUACUAUUUUAUUUACUGCAACUUAUUAUUAACUUAAUGUUUAUGGUGCCUUUGUUUCUAAGUGUUAACACCUUUAAGUUUAGCCCAAAUCCUCUAACCUUCUCAGCAGUAAACUUUGAAUCUGUAAGGCGUGGUUUUAUGAUACCUUUAAAACAAAAUUGUAAAAUAUUUUGUACAAUACAUUUGAAUGUCUAAGAAACCCUGUAAUCGUCACCUUUUAUAACUGUUCAGUUUUCACAGUAAUUCUGUUUUGUUUAAACUACACUGCAAAACAUUCUAAAACAUUGUAAAAACAUAAAACAAUAUCAUUUGUUUAAAUGCAUGGAUGUCUGCACAAGUCUUUGUAAACUGUUCAAACUACCUAAAUAUAUAUUGUGGUCACAAUGUUA